UCGACUUGGAAUUCCAAGUUGGAUGACCGUACAAAACGAAUUCUCCCAGUUGGAGCUCGUUUUUUUUUUGAGUUCUCAGUUGUCUUGAACGCACUUAAAUCGGAGAUUUCCCAGUUGUUUUGAAUGCGGCAGUAGACUUUGAACUACAACUCCCAUCAUCAGACCCGUUCUAGAUUUGUCUGUAGUGCCACGUCAUUUGAUGUCACUGCCGCACCUGCGCAGCCAUCUUGUACUUCGAGCAAGGAGCGGACACAGAAAGAAAGAAAAAUGAUAAUUUAAACCUGUCAAAUCAGAAGAAAAUAGGAAUGUCUGUAAACUUUAUAUAGCCUCAUAACGAUUAGACACCCAAGAAGGACAAGGGUAGGUAAAAAAGACGGUGAAAUAGACAUUCAAGUGCCUCGGAUAUCCAGACCUACAAGCCAUCUUUUGCUUGUGAGUGAGUGAGAGGAGGAAGGAACAGUCAAAUCGCCGAAAGAAAAACACAUCCCGAACGUCAGUCAAAUCAUGAAUCCAGAAUAUGACUACCUGUUUAAGCUCCUCCUUAUUGGUGACUCCGGUGUGGGAAAGUCCUGUCUUCUGCUCCGAUUUGCUGAUGACACCUACACAGAGAGCUACAUCAGCACCAUCGGUGUAGACUUCAAGAUCCGCACCAUCGAGCUGGACGGCAAGACCAUCAAACUACAGAUUUGGGACACCGCUGGUCAGGAGAGGUUCCGCACCAUCACCUCCAGUUACUACAGGGGGGCCCACGGCAUCAUCGUGGUCUAUGAUGUCACAGACCAGGAGUCGUACAACAAUGUGAAGCAGUGGCUGCAGGAGAUCGACCGCUACGCCAGCGAGAACGUCAACAAGCUGCUGGUGGGGAACAAGUGUGACCUCACCACCAAGAAAGUAGUGGACUACACAACAGCCAAGGAGUUUGCCGACUCCCUGGCCAUCCCUUUCCUGGAGACGAGUGCCAAGAACGCCACCAAUGUGGAGCAGGCCUUCAUGACCAUGGCUGCUGAAAUCAAGAAGAGGAUGGGCCCCGGGGCCACGGCCGGAGGGGACAAGCCCAACCUGAAGAUAGACAGCACCCCUGUCAGGCAGUCUGGAGGGGGGUGCUGUUAAACGGGACCCUGUUCUGAAUGCCCUCCUCUUCUUCACCCUCCCUGCCCUGGGCUUCACUUCCUCCACCUCUUCAUCCCUCAGCCUCCCUCCGCUCCCAUCUCCAUCUCCCGUUCUCUUACUCUUGCCAAGGGAUGGGUGGUUGGAUAGGGAGAGGUUGAGAGAAAGGGAUGGAGGGGAGGAGUUGAGGCGUGAGAACUGGGGGCAGACUUGAAGACCGUAUAGUGAAGAGAAAAGGUUGGGGGGUUGAGAACUUUUUCAUUUUUGCCGAGCGAUGAGGCAGGAAGGUAAACAGAUAUGAGAAAAGAUUUGUAUUGACUUAGAGGGGAACUGGGUGAUAUAAGAUUAGGUUUUAGAUUAUCUCCCUCUCCUGCACACACACACACACACACACACACACACACACACACACACAC